AUGUCCACUAUGCCGGCAAGUUAUGGCCACAGCGAGGCCUGCUGUAAUAUCCCGCCUGUGGUAUCCACGGGAUACGUGCCAAAGGGAUCGUAUGAGGCGCUCGGCGGAAUGAAGAAUUACAUCGCUGGCCCAGAGGAUGCGACCAAAGGCAUCAUCGCUGUGUUCGACAUUUUCGGAUACUUUCCUCAGACCCUGCAAGGAGCCGAUAUUCUUGCCACCAGCGACAAUAACCAGAAGUACAAGGUCUUUGUUCCUGAUUGGUUUAAUGGCCGACCGUGCCCGCCUGAAUGGUACCCCCCGGAUACCGAGCAGAAGCAAAAGGAUCUAGGCGAGUGGUUUGGCAAGAACAUGCCGCAAGACGCUGCGGCGAAGCUGCCGGAUUACGUCGGUGCGUUGGAAGCUGCAUACCCGUCGAUUACCUCGUGGGGGCUUAUCGGGUACUGCUGGGGAGGAAAGGUUGCCGAGCUGGUGACGUCUAGCAGUUCGAAUCCGUUCAAGAUUGCUGCGGCCGUCCAUCCCGCGAUGGUUGACCCCUCCGGCGCGGAGAGGAUCUCGGUUCCGUACAUCAUGCUUGCGGCAGGGGAGGACCCGAAGGAGGCGGUCCAAGACUUUGAAAGCAAGCUUACUGUCCCCCACCAUGUCGAGACCUUCGAAGACCAGGUCCAUGGCUGGAUGGCUGCACGGGCUGAUCUAUCGGAUUCUCGUGUGCGGGAGGAAUACAUCCGGGGAUAUAAGAGUGUGCUUCGAUUUUUCGGGAAGCACUGGGUGUAG